AUGGCUGCGAUCUACGCGGUCUAUACAUCCCCGAACCAUACACCAAUACCCAACCAUCUCCCGACACUCAUAGUUACCCCUCAUGGCCAGCCAUCUAACAUCCUUUACUCCUACCUCCACACCAAUUUCAACUCGGAGAACUACCUCCUGACACCGUCCCCGCAAGGUGACCUAUGCGUCGCAAAGCUCUUUCCGCCGCGGCGAGAUCCACCCGGUGUGAAGGGCGCAGCAUCCAUGUCGGAUCCUGGGCACGGCAGCAAUGGUGCACCACGUGUCGUGCGCUGCGAAGCUUCGCGUAACCUCAAGUGGACGAUAACCAACACAGGCGUCAUCUCCCCUAUCUACAAGCUCGCUCUCCCCGCACCGGACUCGGCGGACCUCCCCUUAUUCCAGAUCUCGAAACCGAAUCCGAAUGCAGGGUUUUGGAGUAUGUUUUACUUUGCGUACGCGGGACAUAAUAUCCCCCCGAAGCGCAUUGAGUUUGGGAAGAUUCAGAAGAAUCCGCCUGGACCGAAUGGUGGUGGCACGAGGAUUACGAUUACGGGAAAGACGCCUGAGGAGAAGGCGGUGUGGCAGACUUUGGGCGAAGGGAAUGAGGAUUGCGUAGAAUGGGUUGUGUUAUGCGCUGCGCUUAAUCUUCUUGACGAUGAAAUUCUCAAAGCAGCAGAGAAGACAAUGGCAGCAGGCCCUCCACCCCCCGUAUCGCUUCGCGAUCCGGGUCCAGUCCGACAAAACAGCUUACCAGGACAAGGCGGUCCUCCACCUCCCGGUCCCGGUCCAAUACGCAGUCCGCAAGGUCCUCCACCACCACAAGGCCCAGGACGCGGUCCGCCUCCUCCAGGAAUGCCUGGCGCACCAGGACCAAACGGGAUGCCACCAAUGCAAAUGCGUGUGCCACCUCCGGGCCCUCCAGGCGGUGGGCCGAUGAGUCCAGGACCGAUGGGCGGGAUGCCAAUGGGUGGGCCGGGUCCUGGUCCUGGAGGUAUGCCACCUCCGGGACCUGGAAUGGGACGAGGUUACCCGCCGCCUGGAGGACCUGGUGGGUUCGGCUCACCUCCUCCAGGAGGACCGGGAGGUUCAGGGUUUAUGAGUCCUGGCCCUGGAGGACCGGGAGGACCGGGAGGAUUCCCUGGCGGUCCACCACCUCAACAACGCGGUCCGAUGCAAGCUCCACCUCCCAGACGAUUCUGAUCGUUCUUUGUCGUUAUUUGGUGGCACAUAUAUAUUUUCCUUACUUAUACCUUUUACCCUCGCGGAGAAGUAUGCGUAGAGAUUGAGUUGCGUUUUCACUUUCCCUCGUCUCUUAUUUUACUUCUUUGGUUGCCUUCCUUCAACCACCCACUAGCGACUUUUUGCUCUGUGCUUGUUCAUAUACCUUCACCUUCAUUGAACGAGCAGGACUUGGUCAUUCUGUAAAUACAGUAAAUACCUAUCUGGGGCUCUGGGAGUUUUGUUGCACCUCACUGCUUAAAUGUGCGUGUGCAUAAGACUCAAGUAUUAUCUUCUUUUCCUUAUUACUCCCUUCUUUUCUUCUCCCUCUCUUUCCUGUCUAUUAACUUCUUAAGAUCCAUGUCUACUCUUUAUCUAUAUCCUGAUCGACUCUUUUACUCGUUUUUACUUUUUUGGUGUUUGUGAGUAGUAACUUUGAAGUUGUACGCACACUCUCGUCUCUUUCUGUGUUUGUUAUCUUGCGUUUUCCAUUAUCUAUUCCUUCUUUCAUCUUUCUUGCCUUCUUUCCGGUCUAGUAAAAUGGUGAUUGUGUAUGUACUGGGUUGGGUUGGGUUGGGUUGGGUUGUUGUGGGGAUACAUAAAGUAGUUCAGCGUAGCAAAAGGGGAAUUUAACAUUUG